CCCUGGUGACACUUGACAGUUGACAGUUAGGUAUUCGUGAAAAUGUUUUUAAUUUUUACAUAAAUAAGAUCAUAAUAAUUUAUAAUAUAUACUCUUGCUUAAACUGUGAACUGAUUAAUUAGGUUAAUUUGAAAGGCAUUGUAAGGAUUUCUUUGCCAAUAUGUACGCCGUGGAGAAGAAAUUUGAAAUAGAAAUGAAGCUACGAAAGGAGAUGACGAAUAUACAAGAGUUGAAAGCGGCGGCCAACCGCAGCUCGUCGCUGGCUAACGACGUGUGUAACGUGCUGGGUGCCUGCGAGCAGAGGCUGCAGCAGCUUGAGGCAGCGGUUCUGCCAUUGUAUGGGGACACAGCCAAGUUACAACACAUACAUCAGAACAUGGAACGCACAGUAAAGGCCUUGGACCAUGUGAUAAAUUACUACAUGGUCACCAGGGAACUCGCUGACCUCAUCCAGGCUGGACCACACACUGCUACCGUCGACUCACUGAAUAUUUAUCUAGAGGCUUUAGACAAAUUAUCAGACGCACAGACAUACUUCAACAAGAAUAAUCCACAAAGUGUGGAAUUGGAGAAUAUUAAUCAAUUAUAUAACACUGGAGUGCUGAAGUUGGAGACAGCUUUUGAAGAGCUUUUGACUCGCAACACGAGACCUUUAUCGCCCACGGCGCUUAUGGACAUGAUCGCUUUGGAAGAGGAUUCAAGUGCAGAGAGCGUUAGCGUGAGUGGUAGCGGCGUGGGUGCUAACGGCGCGGCGGGUGGAGGCGAGGCCCUGCGGGCGGCUGCUGCGUGGCUCAGCGCCGCGGGCAGGCCACCAACGGGCCCCCUAAAGGCUGCCAGAUCGGCUGCUGCUGUUGCCUCCUUGGCAGCCUUCAGGGACCAUCUGAGGGCGCGUUCGCUUGCCGCCUCACCACUUAUGAGAGCGAAGAAUAUAUUACAUCGUUCAGACAGCAGCAACCAACGAAGGACAAGUAAAAUACAAAAAGUAUUGGAGAGACGUGCGAACAAGAUAAUGUUGAAGGCGUCACAGACGCUGGAACAGUCUACUGGACUUGCUAUUGGUCCUCGGAAAUCUAUAGUAGAAACGGGCGAGGAGUGCAGCAGCGAGGCGCUGGACGAGUGGGAGGCGGAGGUGGCGGGGUCGGUGGCGGCGGCGCUGUGCCGCCUGGCGCGGCGCGAGCAGCGCGCGCUGCUGGGGCUGGUGCCGCUGGCCGCGCUCGCGCCGCUGCUCGCCGCCGUGCUCGCCGACUGUGUGGCGCUGCUCGCCGCCGACCUCGAGCGCGUCACCGCGCGCAGCCGCCGCGCCGCGCAACGUUGCGGUGCGUCUGCGCACGCGUGCUGGGGCGCGCUGGCCCGCCUGCAGCGCCUGCAGCCGGAGCUGGAGCGCGCGCUGACGCCCGCCUCGCCCGCGCCCUACGUGCACCUGCUCACCACCUGCCACCACGCGUGCGUGAAGUCGCUGGAGGACUGGGUGGAGGGCAUCCGCAACGACACGGCGGCGGGGUCGGUGGACGGCACGGUGCACCAGCUCGCCCUCGCCGCGCUGGCGCACUGCCAGGCGCUCGCCUCACAUCUGCAGACCGUCGGUCCCGCGCUGGCCACAGAACCCUCGUACCAGCGUGCCGUGAGCCAGCUGCCCGCCACACACGACAGGAACGCCGCUAUGCUCGCUGUUUAUAUGCGUAAAGUUCUGGCCCAGCUGAACUUCGCGCUGCGGAACAAGAGCGAGCAGUAUCCGGACGCGUUGAAGGCGAUAUUUCUGUUGAACAAUACGCUCUAUUUGUUGCAGGGCCUGCAGCGCACGGGCCUGUUGGACGUGCUGAUGUUGGCGGAGCCCGACUGCGAGACUAACUACAGGGACAUGAUACAGGAGUACAAGAAUGCUUAUUUGCAGAGUUGGAACAAACUGUUGUCAUAUUUGACGUUAGACGAGCCGCUCCCCGCCAAGCUCCGCGACAGGGACCGACAAAUGCUCAAGGAUAAGUUUGCGGCGUUCAACCGCGAGUGGGAGGAGGCGCGGCGCUGCCAGCGCGGCUACAGCGUGCCCGACGCGGAGCUGCGCGAGGGGCUCAAGCGCGACAACAAGCAGGCGCUGCUGCCGCCCUACACCGCCUUCUACAACGCGCACGCGCACCUGCCCUUCUCCAAGAACCUCGACAAGUACGUCAAGUACUCGCCGCUGCAGAUUGCUACUCAGCUGGAUGGGUAUUUUGAUGAAGCUGCAUAAUAGUACACAAGAAGAAAUGCAUACGGUUUAUUAAAACGAAAAUUAUUAUCAUAGUCUAAGGGACGAUUAAUAUCGAACGGUGCCUGUCGAAACGCAGAGCACUCUUUACAAUGUGGUAAAGGAAAUUGAACACUCUGUACAAUACUUAAAUUUCAUAUUGGUACGAGUGGGCCCGCGGACGCACGCGCACACGCACUAAUGCGUUGCGACAAGCGCCGGUCGUGUUAACCUUCCUUAAGCGUUCAAUAGCAGUGUUUUAUAACUAAAAGCUGAUGUAGCGUCUCUCCUUUUUACAAGACACUAAAAGCUUUAAAUUGCAUGGCAUUGCACUUCGAUUGUACCCUGAGACAUCACAUGUUGUCUCAUAUUCUUAAUAAACAUAACAUUUAGUACAUUGAAGACAGCAUACAUUAAUGUUUGCACACUGCGGCUUAGCGACAGAAAUAGAAGGAGAUGGAAAAAGUAUUCGAUAUAUACCGAAAACUUAAUCGAUAUAUUUUGUCACUUUCAUUAUAAUAUAUUUUAUUUCUAUACCAUAUUGAAGGAACCAAAAUGAAAUGUAACGGAACACCUUAUUUUAAAAUGAAUUUCAUGUUUGUAUGUUUCGUUUCUCAAUAUAAUGUGAAAGAGAUAAAACAACGGUGCUGUUGAAUGUUUGUUAUUUAUGCACGUAGCUAUAUAGGUACAUCAGUUGUAUAAAAUGAAAUAAUUUAUAUAAAUAAAAUGUUUAUUCCGCAA